UUCUCUCUUGUUCUCACUAAAACAAAUGGCCAGUAUGUUCUUGUCGUCAAAAAAAUAUCCAGUAUUGAAAAUCACAUAAAAUAAAAAUUCAUUCAACGUUUCUGCAAACAUGGCCCUAAGCUGUCAUCAUGGCAUUAUCCAUUACACUUGCAACAACAAAGCUAAAUCUCGCAAUUUCCAUCCGAAUUCAGGAUUUGCUUGCAACAAGAAACCGCUGAUUUUUCCCCUUCAUAUUUAUGCUGCAACGGCUUCUGGCAAUGUGAAAGAAGUUCUUCCACCUGUUCUUGAUUCCUCUUCGGACCCACCAGCAAUCUUUGAUGGAACCCCAAAGCUUUAUAUUUCUUACACAUGUCCCUAUGCUCAACGUACCUGGAUUACCAGGAACUGUAAGGGACUGCAAGAAACUAUAAAAUUGGUGCCGAUUGAUCUCAAGAAUAGGCCUAGUUGGUACAAGGAAAAAGUAUAUCCUGAAAACAAGGUGCCUUCACUAGAACACAACAAUGAGGUUAAGGGGGAAAGUCUUGACUUGAUUCGAUAUAUUGAUCAAAACUUCCCAGGGCCUUUGCUUUUUCCUAAUGAUCCAUCCAAGGGGGAGUUCGGAGAGGAGUUACUGUCAUUCGUGGGCUCCUUCCAUAAAGCUGUGACUACUUCAUUGAAAGAAAACAGAAUAGAUGAAGCUGGUGCUGCUUUUGAUGAUAUUGAGAGUGCUCUCUCCAAAUUCGAUGAUGGGCCAUUUUUUCUUGGCCAGCUCAGUUUGGUGGAUAUUGCCUAUGUUCCUUUCGUUGAAAGAUAUCAACCCUUCUUCUCCGAAGUCAAGAAGUAUGAUAUCAGAGUAGGCAGGCCAAAACUUGCACUGUGGAUUGAGGAGAUGAACAGGAUAGAAGCGUACAAACAAACCCAAAGAGACCCCAAAGAGCAUGUCGAGAGCUACAAGAAUCGUUUCUUGAAGUCUCCCGUCUCUUCUGUGAAGUCUUUGGGUGCUGCCUAAAAUCGAAAGCUGUAUUGAUUGAGCACCUAAUGUUACAUGAUCGUUGCUUGUUAGUUUUCCAAGUUUAUAGAUGACAUGGACAUCCCUCAUAGGUGUUUUUCAGAGUUCAUACCUUUUAGUGGAGGUGAAUUCCCAUUUGCAAGCUGGACGUGAAGAAGAAUAUUUGCAUUUCUCAUUUAUAGCUAAAAAAGAUGGUUGUAAAAGAAAUCGAAUCAACUUGAAAGCAAAUUAGCACUAGAUCUGACUAAGUCGUGGAAA